AUGAGUGGUGGCCUUUCUGCAGAGAAUUACUGUUUUCCAGGCUUUAAUGUAUCAUGUGUUAGGACACAGUUCAGUGUGGGGACCAAGUUUGCCCUCUUUUUGUUGUUCGCUUUAGGCAUGGGUUUAACCAUUUUAGGAAACACGGUUGUCAUUGUGUCAAUUAGCCAUUUCAAGCAGUUGCAUAAUCCUACCAAUGUGCUUAUUUUAUCUCUUGCUCUGGUUGAUCUACUAGUUGGUGUUAUUUUGAUGCCUUUCAGUGCCAUCAGAACUGUUCAUGGCUGCUGGUUUUAUGGGGAAGUCUUCUGUCAGUUGCACUCCAGUUUUGAUAUGUUUCUUACCACUCUUUCUAUCUUCCAUCUAAUUUGCAUCGCUGUAGACAGACACGAAGCUAUAUGCGAUCCUCUGCAUUAUUCCAUGAAGAUCACAAUGCCAGUGGCCUGGAUUAUGGUAUGUUGCAGCUGGGCAUUGGCUGCUGUCUACUGUUUUGGAUUGCUGUACUCAAAAGCAAAUGUUGCUGGGUUGGAGGAUUACAUAGAAUCAAUUUACUGCCUUGGUAGUUGUUACCUUCUCUUUACCCCCCUUUGGGGAAUCCUGGACAGUAUACUUUCCUUUUUCUUUUUGUGCACUGUAAUGAUUUACCUGUACACUAAAAUUUUUAUUGUUGCUAAAGAGCAUUUACAAAAGAUUGGGGAUGUGAAAAAAGGUUCCAAUGAAAAAGGAAGAGCUGGGUUGCUUAAACAAUCUGAGCACAAGGCUGCAAAGACUCUUAGUAUUGUGCUCGGUGCAUUCAUCUUCUGUUGGAUGCCAUUGUUCACAAUCUCGUUGUUUGAAAUGAUCUUAGGUUUCUCCACACCAGCUGCUGUGUUUGAGGCCGUUUUCUGGUUGGGUUACUUCAAUUCCACCUUGAACCCAAUUAUUUAUGCCUUAUUUUAUCCCUGCUUCAAAAAAUGUUUCUAUUGUAUCAUCACGCUGAAAAUAUUUAGCCCGAGUUCUUCAACCAUGAAUGUAGCUUUUAAAUGACCAAACUGUACUCUGGAAAUGUACUAUUCACCCUUAAAGAUUUCUGAAAUUGAAGCCUGCAUGUGCAGGGUCUUUGCUGUCAGA